AUGCGCAUGCUAUCAACCAUCCGGAAAAUCUCAAAACUCGCCUCUAACCUGCCGGAAGCGCCUCGGUCGAUAACUUGUCGAGCAGGCGUACCUAUCACCCACGAUGACCUUUUCGCGUACACAAACGGCCAUUUCCUUGUCGACGAAGAAUACCAGUUUGGCCGACGAUAUGUUCAGUUCGAUGUGGAUGCGCUUUGCCAAACUGCCGCCAUAGCCGGAGGGGAUACAAGCCAGAUCAUUGCCAUUGAAAAAAUGGAAGGUGGCUUCAGCAAAGCUUUUUUAAUGCGGAAAGCAAAUGGAACGGAAGUGGUAGCGAAAAUCCCGUGCCGUAUUGCUGGGCCACCUUCGUUAAUAACAGCUGGCGAAGUGGGAGUUCUAGAAUAUGUCAGAAGACACACAAGCAUUCCCGUCCCUCGUGUCCUUUCUUGGUCAUCGGACGGCUCGAAUACUGCUGGUGCCGAGUAUAUAAUCAUGGAGAAAGCUCACGGGGUUCCUCUAUUUCAACGAUGGGGCAGUAUGACCGAGUUUGAAAAACUGCAGCUGAUCAAGAACCUUACCAAGCUUGAGGCUCAGCUGUCAGCCAUACAAUUCCCUGCUUACGGAGGAUUGUACCUUCGGACGGGUGGUAUACCGGGGUCUACUCGCCCCCUCGAUAAUGACAUCGAUCCUUCUGAGUCAUUCCAGAUUGGGCCUUCUUGCGAUCGUGCUUUCAAUCUUGAGAUGACUCGGGAAUUUAACCGAGGGCCUUGUGCGUUACCCUUGUUCAUUAAUAUUAUAUAUGCUAAAUUUUCCCUAGGGGAUACACUUUCAAGCUUUGGGUUAUCUAUUGCACAGCGAGCAUUGUUUCAAAUAUCAAGUGGAGGCCAACAGGACCAUUUGAGCUUUUACAGAGGGACCAUCGAUCAGCAAGCCCAACUCUUGGAAAUAACAUUGCGCCUAAUGAAGCUCUUGGACUCAAACGAAGUACUAAGAGAUGCUUGCCAGCCUACAUUGUGGCACACCGACCUUCACAUGGGAAACAUUUUUGUCUCCCCCGACCAGCCUUCAAGAAUUUCGACAUCCGUGCUUCCCGCAUUUCUCCAGGCCCAGUGGCCGGUAUUUCUUAGGCCCCCUCAUAAUCACAAUUAUGUGAAGGGGAUAUUUCAACCUAAACUUCCUGAAGAUUUUGACGAACUUGACGAAGAAAGCAGAGUUAUUGCUUUACGUGAAUGGUCUCAGGUAAAAUUGGCAAAGGCUUAUGAAGUCUCUACUUUCCUCGAAGACAGAGCAGCCUCUAAUGCUAUGAAUGUACCUCGUGUGUUUCGGGAGCUAUUUACUCGUUGUGGAGAAGUUUCUGAAGUGGGUAUUGUUCCUCUCCGUGCAUGUCUGAUAGAAAUUUUCCAGAAUUGGUCAGAGCUUGGCUUUUCCGGGAAGUGCCCAUAUUCAUUCAGCCAAGAAGAAAUUGACGAUCAUGAACGCCAAUUUGCUGAAUACCAAACUUGGCAAGAGGUUAGAGCGCUUGCUGAGGAGUGCCUCGAUACUGAUGCAGAAGGUUGGAUUGCGCCGCAGUUGGAUAUAAAUGAGAAGAGAAGGCAAAAUGAGGAGCUAAUGGCUAUGUAUAUCGAAAAGGUUGCCGGUGAAAGAUCUGUGCAAGAGGCGAAGGCAAUGUGGCCUUUCUGCUAA